CCGGACAGAAUACCACUUGUGAAGUGUCAAUGUGCAGUGGUAGGACGGAGUCAGCCGCAGGACACAGAACUGAGUAAACAACGUACUUUACUCGAAAAAAUAAACAACACUUUGGUUGUCACAGUUUUUUGUGAAGAAGUCAUGUGUGAGAUGGGUGUGAUUCCUGUGUUGACUGUAAAACCAUCGAGAGCCCUCUUUGAUGAGAAGUUCCAUGUGGUUGUGGGGAACUUACCACCGACACAGGAGGUCACACUACAUUCUUUACAUCAGUCUGAAGACACAGACUACUGGGAGGCGUUUGGGCACUAUGUCAGUGAUGCUCAGGGAAGGAUCACAGUCUUUAAGGAUCCAAGUGUAGGGGGGACAUAUGAGGGUGUUGAGCCCAUGGGUCUGUUGUGGAGCAUGAGACCAGUACCUGGCAGUAGACCGGAACUCAGGUUGAGGAAGAAGGAGGUCCACACUCCCAUGGUGGUGCACAUCUCUGUGUACAGGGGACACAUGAGUCAGGGGUUCAGGGAGCAGGCGGCCCUGGCGAGUGUCGUCACAGAACGCUGGUACAUGGCCCCCGGAGUCCGCAGGGUUGACAUCACAGAGGGAGGGGUCACAGGGACCCUAUUCCUGCCACCAGGUCCCGGACCCUUCCCCGGAAUUUUAGACAUGUGGGGAGGUAGUGGCGGGCUGGUGGAAUAUCGAGCGGCUCUCUUGGCAUCCCAGGGCUUUGCUGCCAUGGCGUUAAUUUAUGUCUUCCGAGACCAAAAUAAAAAUUAUACCAUUGGCUACCCUUACUUUGAGACUGCUUUCAGACUACUGCAGGAUCACCCUCUAGUGGCCGCAGACAGAAUUGCCCUGCUUGGCCUUUCCCUUGGUGUUACAGUGGUUCUGUCCAUCACUGCCUACUCAGAAGCUGUCAAACCUAGAUGUUGUGUGUGCAUCAGUGGCAGCCAUGCUUGUCGAAUUGGAGCUACCCAGUCCAUUGAGGAAACAUCUCAGGGUAUAGACAAAAAAUAUACAAAGGCCCGUACUGAUGAGGAGAAUCGCAUCAUCUGGAGGGACGUUCUUUUACCCAUUCCAGAAGAUAUAGACCUGAAAGUGGAAAUGGGGAGGAUAACAUGUCCUCUGCUGCUGGUUGUUGGACAAGAUGAUCAGAAUUGGGCUGCUGUCGAAUCAGCUGAUGACAUGAAGCAGAUGAUGGAGAGAGCAGGGAACAGUCACCUGCUGACCACUCUGUCCUACCCUGGAGCUGGUCACCUGAUUGAACCGCCGUAUGGACCCCACUGCAGGGCUUGUACCUUUGUGUUGCAGCCAGGCCAACAGAGAGUGGUGAUGCUGUGGGGAGGCCUCACCAAACCUCACGCCGUCGCACAGGAAGACUCAUGGGAGAAGAUUCUAGGUUUUCUGCGAGAGCAUCUCUGUCACAGUGUCAAACACCAUGUGCAGUCCAGAUUGUGAGCAUUGUCUUACGUCAGGUGGCAUCACUCCUAUGCAACACUCGUCCUUCAACCGAUCAGUGCUGGGGGAAUCGUCGCGUUAUCUGACAUAAGACAAUGAACUGUGACGUAAAUAGCAAUGGACACCAUGCAGUUCAGACAAAGAAAUAAACAAAGAUAACUUUGAGAGACAGCAACUGUUCCUGCCCAGAUGCCAAAUGAGUACCCCAAACUUGAUCAAUUGCCUCAUUGUUUGAUGUUAGUUCUGAUACAGUAUGAAUGCAAUUUGUUUAGGUACGUAUUUUUUUGUAUGUAUUUUUCAUUUUAACCAUAUGGUUUGAUUAAAAUAUGUAACAUAAUAUUACACUA